AUGUUCAUGUGGGUUUCGGCUUUUACGUUGUUCCGGUCCGAGGGAUACCGCAGCUACUCCGUCGAUAUGAUGCAGAUCCCAAAAGCUGAUUCCGUUCCGAUGGACGCGGAGGAAGCUUCGUUCCUCACUACACUUCCAGCGGAGAUGCGCAGUUCGAUAUAUGAACUUUUGUUCAAGAAAGACAAGCCCAUCCUGCUUCACAACGCUGCAGCGUUCCAUCCAGAAGAGCCGAGCCAGCUGCAAUGGCCUCAUACCGACGACGCCUACUCGCAAAAUAUGAGGGAGUAUUGGGAAAGUUAUGAGGAAGAUGCCGGACUUGAUGAAGAGUUCCGUCAUAAUUUCGGUGAUGGGCUUGCCUUGUUGUCAUCGUGUCGUCAGUUGUAUCACGAGGCUUCUGGUGUACUGUAUGGCCAUAAUUCAUUCAUCAUAUCCCGGGCUGUGAUUCGGCAUGACGAAACCGAUACAUAUGAUACAUCGAUAUAUGAACAUCAGGAAUACUUGCCACCCAUACAUGCGGCUCAUUGCCUGUCGAACCUUGGUUCGCAAGCUGAAUUGCUUCGGAAGGUCAUUAUUGACACAGACACCCUGUGCCCUGUUAAAUGCGACUACAGUUCAGAGGUGUAUAAUAUUCUCCCGUUGGUUAAUGCAUACGGGCCCCCAGAAGAAGAGACAUCUAGCGUUAUUCGCGCAAACGUAUUCAAUAACCUACUUGCGGCAUUUGUGGAGAGGGACGCCCUCAACCUUCGAAGAUUCGACAUCUCCAACCGGCUUCUACAGUCUAUUGAAGUCCCCAACACUAGAGCACGAGGCUUCGUAAAGCAUCUGGCAUGGACACCACGUACGCCACCAAAACUCACCGAUAUGCCCCCGCACAUCAUGUCACGGAUAUACAGAUUCGCAUGCUAUAAUCCCGACGGUGUCACGUUCGACCUAGAUACACGCACGUUGCACGGUGUUAACACCGGCCUAUUUCAGCGGAGCAAGUUCGCGCUGAGCAACACGACAUUCGGGAGUAAUAUUUCGCACACGAACCAUGUCACAAUACAAGCGACAAGUGACACGGUUGUUACCGACUUCAAUGGUUUCGGACAUCUGUCCUCCCUUACCACCAGUGAUAAUGGACCAAAGAUCUUCGAAAGCAUGAUCAACAUGGUGAAGAUAGAUGACGAGCCCCUCAUCCUGUCACUGACAAUAUAUCCUCAACACGCUGCGACUUUGUCCGAUGUCAAGAUCAACAUUGAAAAGUUAAUGGAGCUGCUCCUCAACUGCAAAUUACAUCCCAAAGCGACCAUCAAGCUGACGCUCAUUUGCCCCUCUGGCUGGCAAGAACAAACCACCAUAUCCAUCGCCAAGCUCCAGCGACAACUGUUUCUCCUGUUCUCAGACAUGAUCAGCGAGAUGAGAAAGUUUCCCGUGAUCGAGAGACCGCAUCCUGGUCGAAGUCCAUUACCGUGGGAGAUCUGGAUCAAUGGCCACGGAAAGCUACUCAACUCAAUCUAUCCUAGCUGGUCGCUCACGUACGCCUUCCGCCAUGGACAUCUCAGCGCAGCCGAGAUCAAUGUCUUGGGCUCCCAGAGGAGCAUCACUACUCUCAACCCUACAGCGCGCAGCCGCUACCCGUCCGAUUUGGUGCAUGCCUGGAAAGAUUUGCGCGACAUGCAUUGGCCCGAAUGGAAACAGCGAAGUCAUCUUCUGAAAGCGUUGGUACCGCCCUUUUGA